AUGGUGCAAGUGGUCGUAGGCCCCGACAAAAAGCCUUUCACGUUCCACAAGAAACUCAUUCGCCGACACUCAGAAUACUUCUCUCGCGCGUUUGGACCCAGGUUCAAGGAAGGCGAAGAAAAUACACUGUAUCUUGCCGAGGCCGAUGAGACUUCCUGUCUUCUGUUUCAGUCUUGGAUUUACCUACAAACUGCUCGUUCGCUGCACCCCGUGUCUGCCCCUUCCCUGGCAGAACUUGGACAGGUCGUGAAUUUUGAAAAGUUUGACCCAGCAUCCUUUUCUGGUACCUGGAUCCAAGAUUUGAUUUCUGAAAACACCGAACUCGCUCUCAAGCGUCAUUUGAUUGGCCUCUACAUCUUCGCCGACGCUUAUGAGUGUAUGGCCCUGCGAAACGACAUCAUGAGUGCUUUCAUGCGUCUCGACACACGAUCAAAUUCUAAUAUGGGCUUCGAUCUGGCUCCCUUGAUUUUUGGAUCCGUUCCGUCUUCCUCUACGCUCUGUAGGUACAUCGUCAGAUCAACGGCAAGUCACGGGCUCCUGAAACACUACAAUGACAAGGUCGCGAAGUCACAGCCCCAAGAGUUCAAGUCUGAGUUAUUGGCUAUUGGUGAGCAGCGAGGCCAAGGGUUUGCGGAGGGCCUGGGCGAUCCUUGCAACUUUCACGAGCAUGCUAAGGAUGAAGAUAUGCGGCUAUGCGAUUCGGUCUGGCUGAGAGGACAAUUUUACAUUGACGCUCUUAUCUCAGCGUGUAUGGAAGUCGUUGAUGCGCAGUCCUCGAACUGA